AUGAGGAUCAAUCUUUCAACUGUAUUCUUUGUGUCUGGGCUGUGUAUAGGAUUUCUGUCUAUCCAAUACUUUGUAUACUCAGACCCUAGCAUUGCAGACCCAGCUGUUCUCUCACUGGGUAACUCCAGUGGAGUUCAGUAUGACAGGGGGGUUCCAAGACACAUACACUCAGGUAAUUAAUUAUGACUUAUUAUUGAUAAUAAAUUACAAAAUGCUGUAAUCUAUUUUUUAUUACAAUGUAAUAUAAUUCAGUUAUCAAAAACGAAUGUAAUCAAAACAACUAGGUUAUUGGGUCUCUUUCCUCUUGCUAUGGAGAUGUACACAGAGUGUACAUUAUGAACACCUGCUCUUUCAAUGACAUAGACGGACCAGGUGAAUUCAGGUGAAAGCUAUGAUCCCUUAUACGGUUACAUAAACAUCUGAAAUCAGGCUACCUGAUGGCACUCUAAUAAAUGCAGAAAAUCGCCAAUCAAAAGAAACGUUCUACCACAGCGACCUUGUAAUUUUUGGGAAGUGUCUUUGAUUCUGAGUUUUGACGUAUAAAGUUUGUAUAUGAAAACUACACUACAUUGUGGGGGUAUAACUCAAUAUUAGGAAGGUGUUCUUAAUGUUUUAUGCACUCAGUGUAAGUGUAAUCCAGCCUUAAGUCUAAGUAGAAGUUGUUGUUUUUUACCCUGGAGUUGUAUUGGAUGUGUGUGAGAGAAUCUUCAAACAUCAGUGAUUCCUGAAGGCAUUGUGAUUCCAAGAAGCCGGUGGGUUAGAGAGCACAGUGCUGGAAACACUAGGGGUUUGAUAUCAGGGUUUAGGUAAAUUCCAUUUCAAUUCCAGUCAAUUCAGAAAGUAAACCAAAUUCCAAUUCCAAUUCAAAAUGUUCCUAAUUGAAAAGCAUUGGAAGAUAAUUGGAAUUGGAGUUGGAAUUUCAUUGUACUUCCUGAAUUGACUGGAAUUGAAAUGGAAUUGACCCCAAACCUUCCACAUAUUGUACUGAAUACGUGUCACAACCAAACAUUUUGGAUAAGUGCCUCUGCUACAUCAGGGGUUCCCAAACUUUUCACUCAGGCCCCACUUCCAGCAUUGGGGUACAUCCCGCGGUCCCCCUGUGCCACGCCUAUUUCUAUGGGCACAAGCACUGUUCAUGACACAAACUGUUCACACCGCUCUUGUUGGCAGAGAGAACAUUUUGCAGGUUUAAAACUUAUUUCCUGCAAUUCUACACAUUUUGUCAUGGGGUGCAAAGAAAAUGUUGCAGUUUUAAAGCAAAUUGUCUUGCAAUUCUGUACUUUUUGCCAUGCCUAAUGUGUUUUCAUGUGAUAUUUGAGUGACUCGAACAUCUAAUCUAUGGGCUAAAAAACCUAGCUAAAAAACAUUAGUUGACGUGGGCUAUAGAAAUAGCUCUCUAAGGUAGGCAAUGACUGACAUGACAAGAGGAAAACUGAUGAUGUACUACCCAAUUUCAAAAUUGCACCUUGUGCAUUCUACUAUUACAACUUUCAAAAGUAAGUUGAAAGCCAGACUGAGUUCAGGGUGGCCGACCCCUCAGUUUGGGAACCACUGUGCUAAAUGACUACAAUUUUCAUGAAUUAUCUUUAAAUGAUCUCUUCCAGAUGAGGACGGGAGUGUGGCAGCCAACCUGUCCCAGAAGGUGCGUCUGCUAUGUUGGAUCAUGACUGGGCCUAAGAACCUGGAGUCUAGAACCAAGCAUAUCCGGGCCACCUGGGCCAAGCGAUGCAACAAAAUCCUCUACAUGAGUUCAGUGGAGACAGAAUUCCCCACGGUGGGGCUCAACGUAACUGAGGGACGAGCCCAGCUCUACUGGAAGACCAUCAGAGCCUUCCAGUACAUCUACCAACAUCACCGCAAUGACUACGACUGGGUCUUCAAAGCUGAUGAUGACACGUUCGUGGUCAUCGAAAACCUCUGCUACACCUUGUCCAAACAGGACCCGGAGAAGCCUGUGUACUUUGGGCGAAGGUUCCGCCCGUUCGUCCACCAGGGUUACAUGAGUGGUGGCGCCGGCUAUGUCCUCAGUAAAGAAGCCGUCAGAAGGUUCAUCGAGGGAUUCGAAACGGGGAAAUGUACCCACUUCUCCAUCAUAGAAGACAUGGCUCUGGGGAAGUGUAUGGAGACAAUGGGUGUGGAGCCAGGGGACUCCAGAGAUGUGAAGGGAAGGCAGACGUUUCAUCCCUACCCACCAGACAAGUACCUGAUCAAAAAGCCACCCAGAAAACGGCCUUGGUUUCUCUCCUACGACUACUACAAACCCAGAGAGGUAAGCAUAGCCUACCCCUAA